CAUUUCCAUCAUUUCCCAAGAAAACGAAGAUGGCGGCUGUUGUAGAGAGAGUAGAUGUAGGCGUAGAAGCUCCGGAUUCUGAUUCUGUUUCUCCUAGAUUGGCCACUCCGCCACCAGAUCAACCACAUCAGAACAAUCCACUGUUAGGACUUCCUAUAGUGGCCAUCGAGACGAUUCUGAAUUUCAUGUCUUACGAUGAAAUAAGCUUGCUACGCCUGGUAUGUAAGCGCAUGGACGUGAUAAACCAGCGUAUGCUGAACCAGGGUUUCAUCAAGGUGGAGCGCUACCACAGCCUAUGCCAGAAACAGGUCAAGGCUCAGUUGCCAAGGAGGGAAUCAGAGCGAAGGAACCACUCACUUGCACGUCAUGCGGACAUCCUUGCUGCCGUGGAAACGCGUCUCUCCCUGCUCAACAUGACCUUCAUGAAAUAUGUUGAUUCAAACCUGUGCUGCUUCAUACCCGGAAAGGUGAUUGAUGAGAUCUACCGCGUGCUGCGAUAUGUAAACUCCACGCGGGCCCCCCAGCGUGCUCACGAGGUCCUGCAGGAGCUGAGGGACAUCUCUUCCAUGGCCAUGGAGUACUUCGACGAGAAGAUCGUCCCCAUUCUGAAGAAGAAGCUUCCGGGAGCAGACCUCUCAGGCCGUCUCAUAGGCUCUGCCCCUGUGGCAGGCCCUUCCACCUCCCUGACUACCAUGUCGUUGCUGGCGAAGAACACACCGUCGCGCUCGGAGAUGACCAAGGUGCAGCAGCAGGUUAAGGUGAACGGUGCGUCCAUGACGGCGCUGCGGCGCGAGAUGCAGGAGGUGCGCGUCAAGCAGCUGGAGCAGCAGAAGCAGCUGCAGGACCAGGAGCAGAAGCUGCUGGAGCAGUCGCAGGUCAUCGGCGAGCAGAACGCGCGGCUGGCGGAGCUCGAGCACAAGCUGCGCGAACUGAUGGACCGUGCCGUGGGUGGCGGGUCGGCUGCAACUUCGGCAGCAACAAUGGCGCGGGCCUCCGCCUCUUCGUCAUCAUCCUCCUCCUCCCCGACAGCUGUGGCUAGUACAUCUGCAGCGACAGCGGCUGCUGUGGCGGCAGCAGCAGCUGCAUCGGGCGGUGCAGUUUCAGACGGCGCUGAGGAGGAUGGGCUCCCGUCUCUCAAGCGAUCCAGGAAGAGCCUGGAUUUCCCGCGUCAGUCCAAACGCCUGCGCAGCAAGAAGUAGAUGGACAUUACGGUGUCGUUGUUGUGUUGUGUUAUUGGUUCAAUUAUGAUCUUUUUGUAGCUUUUAUUUUUCCCCUGUCAGUACUUUGCAUCCACGUGUGUCUGUAGAGGUCAUAUGGAUGUGAAUUUGGAGAGGGAGAGUGAGAACUGACAGUGCCCAGGUUGUCUCAGUCCAUUUCUCAUGUUAAGUCUACUGCUCUGAUGCUCCAUCACACAUACGUAGUAGCACAUACAGACAUCAACCCAUCAACUCUUCUCUUUUCUUUUUUUUUUUUUAAAUGUAAUUUUUAUUUCAUGUUUUUGUUUCUGGAGGGGUGGGUGGGGCAUGAAUGAAUCACCACACAGAAGAUGAAAAAUGUUUUUCUCAGUGCCAUGUAUAGAAAGAGUAAGCCCUGAAGCAAAUCUAGAACGCAGGAUAAGAAGUAAGGCCCCGCUGGUGUUAAAAGAACUGCCUGCUUGUCAGUCAUUGCUGUACGUAACCUCUGUUUAAGUGAGGCACAUGAAUAGGUGGCCCUCUCAUUGUGGUGAAGUUGUGUAGAUGGUUAUGUGCCUUUUUGUGGGCACUAUUAUGUAGCGUUGACCACAGACUGUGUGGCCAUGUCUGUGUGCAUGUGUAUAUAGAUAUUUAAACCUUAUGACUCAAAUCACCAGUCCGAUUAGGAGAACACUCUGAUGCCUGGUGUCCAGGGUGAUAUAGUGGUUUUUUUCUUCUGCGAAUCAGAAAUUAACUUAGUUGUUCAUCCAGUGGAGCUUUGUCUAAAUAAAGCUAACUAUGUAGUCGAGAGCUUCUGAAGGUAUAGGCCCAUCUGUCAUAUCAUGGAGGGUGGGGCUUUGAAUUUACUUCACCCCUGUUAUCUUGUUCCAGUUAAAGCGAAAACAUCAACUACUGACCCAGGACCACAUGGUGGAGUGUGUCACUGUUUGCCUGUGUCCAUGGCGGUCAACGAAUACAAUGAACCCAGCCCUGUAUUGGUGCAAUAUAAAUGGCUGAUUUGAUUUCUCUUUUCUUUCGUUUAGUGUUAUCUCUUUGUGCUUUGACAACUUUGGACAAGUUCACACUCAUGUUGCAAAGGUUUCUUCUUUUUUUCAAAGUGCUGGAGAAAUGACUCUUGUACUGUCUAGAAGAAUAUGUCGUCUUCGUCGUACACUGUCUUUGCAUUUGGGGGUUUCUCCGUAGCUCUGGCUGCUGCUUCUGCAGCUCCAAUGUUAUUGCAGAUGUUAAGCUUCAUACACUGAGAAAUGUGGUCAUUUGUAAAUAUUCCCCACUCACGGUCACCAGAGUAAUAUCCAGGAUUCUACUGGCAGUUGAAAAUGAUCUAGAACAAUCAAUGUCAGUUUUCGCACCUUUUUGGAAGCAACUCUAUAUAUUUUAUGAUUUUACCAAAGUUCAGUCAAGUGAAUGCCUCAAAGUCUUGAAGCAACACAGUGCUAAUAUGGCAUUUGUCAAAUUAUUGUCGUUUGUUAAUUGAAGAUGGGGUGUUUUAUAUGGAGUCUGUGAGCUGUUUUCACGUAGUCCAUCACCAAUGAAAAGAAAUUGGCCACAUAUGAUGUUUUGUGUAAUGCCAUCACCAACUCAUCAAAUCACAAAAACUGACUUUUGUCUUGGUCUUUUGGAAUGCUAUCUGUGUAUAAAUACAUUGUCGAGAAAACAGUCACUUUGGAAGAACUUAUAAUAUUGCCAAAUGGCUUCUAUGCCCCUCUUUAUCAGCAGUCAAUGGUGGGCUUGGGAAGUAAAGAGACAGACUGUGGUCCGGUUCCUUUUGUUUUUCUCUUGAGGUAAAUGGUCUGGGGGGGGGGGGGGGAGAAAUCUUCUUUAAUGUAAGGGUUUUGUUGCUAAAUGACCUGCACACAUAUUGCCUUGAUCAGUUGUUUUGUGAUCCCAUCCUCUGGAUCAGAGCAUUUGUUUGGGGUGACCUAACACCCACAGGGCAGCAGUCUCCAGCCAGCCUGCCCUGUUGUCUCUCUAUCCCUUGGAAGUGGGUGGUGCUGAAACAGACAGGGAUAUUAAUAAACUCCCCCUUCCAAUGGCAUGAAGCGGUCCUUGGCACUGGUUUCCUUUGCUGAUGUAUUCUGGGAAAUGCAGUAUACCACUGAAAAGGUCGGACUAGACUCAAAAAGAGGGCGCGUGAAGCGACUGAAGGGAUGUGCGCAAACAUACAUUUAAACGUGUGGCUUAAUGCGAGACUGUGUCUCAGUUUAGAAAUGACUGUACUGUAAACUUUAUGUAUUUCAAAUUUAGAUUGUGGAAUUAUUUCAUGUAUGUAAAAGGAAUAAAACCUAAUCUUGUAAUCGAGCCUGGUCUGGGCUUAAACACAUGGUUUGUUGCACACAUUACUGUUACAAAUGUACAAAUGAAACCUAUUAAACAAAAUUAACGUAUCAACA